UUAAAUCAAUGGCUCCACGACACCACUUCUUGUAUAAAUACAUGGGGACGGGAGGAAGAGCGACCGCGGAAGGCGGUGGCGGAUGAGCCUCUGAAGAGCAUCGGAUCAUUAUUAGGUACAGGCCGGAGAUAUAUAUGCAUAUGGAGUGUGAGACGCCGGUGAGCCCAAGCGGGCAGUACUUCAGCAGCUCCGCCAUGUCCCUCUGCAUCCUGGCUGUUCUGGAAUCCGAAAUUCCCAUUGAUGACUCCCAAACUCUCUCUCUCCUCAACCAUGUCUUCCUUCCCAUCAACCCCCGGUUUUCCUCCAUCAUGGUUGCCGACAAGAAAGGAGCCAAAAAAUGGAAGAGGGUUGAAGUGACGCUGGAAGACCACAUCAAGGUGCCUCAUUUUCCGGCCGGAAUGUCGCCGCAGUUCUAUGACGGCUGCUUCGACGACUACUUGUCGACGAUAUCCUUGGAGCAGAUUCCACCAAACCGACCGUUAUGGGAAGUUCAUAUCAUCAAGUACGCCACGAGCAACGCCGCCGGGAACGUGGUGUUCAAGCUUCACCAUUCACUCGGGGAUGGCUAUUCUCUGAUGGGAGCUCUUCUCUCUUGCUUGCAGAGAGCAGACAAUCCGUCUCUUCCUUUAACUUUCCCUUCUAUUCGAUCGAAUUCAAAGCAAAAAGAUGGGAAGAUCAGAAGCGUCUUCAAAGUUGUGCCUCGAGCUUUAUCUAAGCUUGCCAAUACUGUGCUGGAUUUAGGGUUCGGUUUGAUGAAGAGUAAUUUUGUUGAAGAUGGCCGGACCCCAAUCCGAUCAGGUGAAGAUGUUCAGUUCCGGCCGAUCACAGUAACCACUUUAACGUUUUCUCUUGAUCAGAUCAAACAAAUCAAAGCCAAGCUUGGAGUGACAGUAAACGAUGUUAUUGUCGGAGCAGUAUUCCUAGGAACUCGGUUGUACAUGCAAGCAGAAAGUCAGGAGCAAGGGAACGCAGCCUCCACGGCGCUGGUGGUGCUCAACACCAGGGCUGCUGUUGUGGGUUACAACUACAAGACGGUGAGCGAGAUGGUGAAGCCGAACGCUGAGAUGCCAUGGGGCAACCACUUCACCUUCUUACAGGUCGCCAUUCCAAGGCUGAGUUCCUCGGAGUCAUCCAACCCCACCAGCUUUGUCAUCAAAACUCAUCGCCUUAUCAAGAGGAAGAGGAACUCCGCCACUGUUUUCGUCACUGCUUGGCUAUUGGAGAAGCUAAGAAAAUUCAGGGGCCCAGAGGUAGCAGCUCAAUAUGUGCACAAGACGAUGAAAAAUUCUAGUAUGGCAAUGUCCAAUUUGAUUGGACCGAUUGAACAAAUGGCGCUCGCUGAUCACCCCAUUAAAGGAUUAUACUUCACUUUGGUCGGCGGUCCAGAGGCGAUUUCAAUAACAAUGAUGAGUUAUGUUGGGAAGCUAAGGGUGGCGAUGCGCAUGGAGAAGGGUUUCAUGGAUCCCCACAAGUUCAGUUGCUGCAUUGAGACAGCCUUUCAUAUGAUACUUAAAGCUUCCAAUUAGUUCAUUCACAUAUAAUUAAUUACGCACUAUUAAAUUACAGCUUAUAUUAUGUACCACAAAAAUUAAAGAAUAUGGAAAUCCAACCUCCAAACAUACACGAUGCAAUACAUCAAAGUGGAUUACAAUAUCGAGUUAAGUUGAAGUUGAAUUUGAAGUUGAAGUUACUACAAAUGUAAGAUUUUUUA